AUUUUCUCGAUUAUCUGUUCAUUAGAAAUGAAGCAUUUAUUGAAUGAUAAAGGAAAAUCGUUCGCAGAUGUACUGGACUAUGACGGAUAUUAUUUUCCUAACUAUCUUGGGGCACAACUGGAUGUUGAUGUUUCUAAAUACCUUGCUGGCCUAAAUGAGCUCACUUUUGAAGAUGGCGAAAUGUGCAUAGUUUCGUAUCCAAAAUCAGGUACACGUUGGACGUAUGAAAUAUGUUACAUGCUAAAGAAUGGAAAUUCGGAAUAUAUGGACAGAUUGGUGCCCUGUUUUGAUUUCAAUCCAAGGGAGGAGAUAGAUAUCGCUCAGAGAACGAAUGGUGUCCAUACCUCACAUAUGUAUCCACGACACCUGCCAAAACAUUUGUUGGAGAGACGUUGCAAGAUCAUCCAUGUAUUCCGGAACCCAAAAGAUGUUGCAGUUUCAUACUUUAACUUCACCAAAAAGCUACGAUAUUACAACACAGUGGAUAUGUCUUUUUCCGAUUUUUUGAGACAUUUUAUCAGUGGAGAAGUUCCAUGUGGGGGUUGGAUCGACUGGAUAAAAGAAUGGAGGACAUUUCAGAAAGAAAACCCCGAUUAUCCACUUUUGGAAAUAUCGUACGAAGACAUGAAGAGGAACCUUGAGCAAACUGUUCAAGCGAUAUCAGAUUUUCUUCAUCUUGAUUCUUCUCCAGAGCUGAUAGAAGAGAUAGCCAGAAAAUGCGAUUUUGAUAUCAUGUCCACUCAUAAACAUUCAACUAUACCCAAGGGAAUUUCCAGAAUAACAAUGAAGGAAAACUUGCAUAUUUUUUACAGAAAAGGUGGGGUAGGAGACUGGAAGAACUUCACCGUGGCUGAAAACGAGGCUUUUGAUCAGAUAUUGGGACCCAAACUAGCAGAACUAGGAUUGAAUGUGAUAUAUGAAAUCUAACAGACUGUUCGUUG